CCCUUCCUUCCACUCCGUUAGCUUGGAAGGAAACGUAAUGCACUCUUGAGUUCCAUCUACUGUGAGGAGGAAUGCGGCUUUCCUCUUUUAGCUCUGGGAUUGUUUUUUACGUAAAAAACUUUUAUCAUAAUUAUUAAUCGUGGAUCUAUUUGUAAAUAACAAAUGAACACUCGUAACUGCGAGGAGCUGUCGUUCCAGUCGUGUUUCCGCACACACAGACGCAGAGACUCACAGCUUCACGUUACAGAGUGGGAAGUUCCUCACAGCGGCUUGACUCAAGAAGAAUGAGGAAACACCAGCAAACACCACGCUCCAAGUUUAGCUAGCAGGUAACCACCCGUGUUUAACAUCUCUCCGAGUUGUCUGGACCCUGAACGCGGCGGUCUGGUUCCUCUGAAUCUCAGGACUCUUCUCUCAGACCCCAUGGCGGAACCUGCAGUGAGCGUCAAUGCGAUACUAAACAAAACAACGGGCGCUGGAGGGACGGAGCAUGGCAGCUCCACUCACCCUGAGUACAUAGCCUUCGGCCUGGUGCCCGUCUUCUUCCUCCUAGGCUUGCUGGGCAUGUUAAUCUGCCACAUAUUGAAGAAGAAGGGCUAUCGCUGCACCACAGAUGCUGAGGAACUUGUUGAGCCUGAGGGAGAGGAGGAGAAACAUCUGGAGGACGGAGAUAUCAAUGACACCUACAGCGAGGGCAACACAGACACUGUGGGCCAGAUCGUUCACUACAUCAUGUCAAACGAAGCUAACACAGAUGCCCUGAAGGCCAUGGUUACUGAGAACAGCAUAGACUCUGAUGGAGCGCCUAUAACACCUACCACACCAGCUCCUGCGUCCCCUACGAGCCCCGUGUCACCCGGAGUUCCUGCCGCAGCAGCCAAACACACCUGUAACCACCUUCACACUAUCGGAGGAGUUAUGGGGCACAACAAUACGUGUCACCGCUGCAAUCAAAAGAAAUGGCCCCUCAUGCGGCGCGGUUCGAACAGGAAAGUGGAGCGCCGCUCACAUGCCGGAGAGGUCACCGUGCUGGCAGUUGGCAGAUUCCGCGUGACUAAAACUGACCCACGGCCGACCCGGGAAAGACACACCCUGCUGAUCACUGAGCCUAACGGCAGUGUCCCUGCCACUCCGGUAAAGACCGAGGGAGCUCCACUGAACAGCAGCACAGAUGCCCAGCCUAAGGCAGAGGCUGAUGAUAGAAAGUGAUGGUCUGGGCGGAGCAAGGUCUGUUAGUCAAGUAUAAUCAAGAAAAAAUUUUAAACAUGUUUUAAACCCAACCACAGCAGAGAGGGAGGAAGUUAACACCAAGGCUCUAAAGACAAAAUGGUGGUAAAAGAAUGAAGCAAAGUGACCAGGCCUUUUAAUUUGAAUGGCAGUAUUAGACUCCACGCUCGUGCUGCUGGGGUUUGUUUGUGUAUCUGGGAAGGGAGGAGGAACGGGCACCAGUUUGUCAGUUAUUCCAUCAGCAUGUCCUUCUCCUCCCUUUAUAAAAACAGUGCAUCAUUAACCACACACGGAGUCGUUUUGUACAUUUUAAUGUCUGCGAGCGGAUCAAUGGUUAAUCCACAGUCAAACAUACGCUCACAUUACAUUGUAGACUCCAGAAUGGUUAUGUGACCCAAGGUCAUGUGACUCAGUCUACUACUUCCAAGAAAGCAGGGAGUCAUUUUUAAGUGCACCUUUCAAUUUGUUCACUACAGAGAACCAGAAAACCAUCUUGGGUACAAAUUUUAAUGAAGCACAUGUCUGAACGAAUCACCUUGUUUGACCCUGCUCCACCUGUCCACCAGAUGGCUUACUGUUUGUCGUUCGUUUUAUAUUUCGCUUUGCCAAACCCUUUGUGCCUUUAACCAGAUCAGCGUGAUGUUUAAUGUAACUUCAGCCAAUGUCUCCAUGCUGGUAUAAAACACUAGGGUUAGUGCGCUAUACUUUCCCAAAUAUCUUACUGAAGCCAUAUGCAAGAGUAUAUAAUGAUGCAAACAAACAAAUCCUGCUAAAACCUAAAAAGAAAAAAAUCUAGAAAAUGAUAUGGGGAGCUUCUGUGUAAAAUAUAAUGCCAAUUCACCUGUGCUUUAGGAAAAUGUUGCACCAGAUCACCCAAACUGCAUGGUUUAUUUACAUUCUAUGUACCUGGCUGGUUACCUCAUAGAAUAAAAAGCACUGUGUUGUAAUCUAAUACAAAUACAUAAGGAAUACAGUAAUACUAUUAUACUAUUUGUCUACUCUCAUACUGUUUCGUGUUCCAUACAUACCAGUUGUUAAUGUUUAAAAAACAAAACAAAAAAAACA